AUGAAUUCCCAAGAUGCGAACAAUGGUUCCUCGAGCUCUGGAGGCGGACAAAGUUCGAGUGCUCGCAACGGCCAUGGCAGAUACAACCACGAGUCCCGUCACUACACCCCUAUGUACCAACGAGCUGCAAAUAUGUCUGGUCGUGACGGCAGCGGUGCAAUGCUCACUGGCACAAACCAAACUUAUCGACCCAGGUAUGGUUCAAGGAGUAACGCCCCGGGCGCAAUGAAUAGCCUGGAGCUCGUCCCAAACUCAUACCCCAAUCAAUACAUUCUGGUGCCCAACUCUGGUGUCAUUGGAGGGGCUCAGCAAGUUCCUCCCUUCAUGGCUGGCCAGACCGACCAAAUGAGCCAAUGCCAGUAUUUUCCCCCCGGUGUUUAUCCAGGCAUAGCCUCCACCAUGGUACCUAAUGGUUAUUCUUCCUGGCCUUACAUGGUCAACUAUGACGUGCAAGACAGGCAGAAUGCGUGGAGCUCGGUCGAUGGCCAGAGAAGUCCUCAGACCGACAGUGCGGGCAUGUACUAUCCCAUGAAUUAUGUCCCUUCUAGCCUGGAAGGCGCUGGCACGACUGCAUACACUUUUGGGCCCAUGCUCGGGGCCCUUCCCGUGCCCGGAGCGUUGCCCGGGGCCCUGCCUGCUCUUCAGAUGAUGAAGACAACAAACGGUUAUGUGGUGCAAGAUAUGGAGGCUCUUACCCAACAAGAGCCAGCAAUUCCCCGUGCAGUGCCAGCCAUGUGGACAAAUCCUUCUGAGAUGACGCUCGCAAAAUGCCUCGAGAACCGCGAGGGCAUUACUAAUGUCUACAUCCGAGGGUUUCUUCCCGAAACGACGGAUGAGAUGCUUCACUCCUACGCGGCUCGGUUCGGUGGCAUUGAACGCUGUAAGGCCAUAGUCGACCUGGAGACAAGUCUUUGCAAAGGCUUCGGCUUUGUCCAGUACUACAAUUUUGAAGCAUGUGAAAAUGCAAUUCGUGGGUUCUUUUAUUUAGGUUACCAGGCAAGCUUUGCGCAGAAAUCUCGCAACUCUCGUCUCAAGGACCUGGAGGAUCGCACAUCGACCAACAUUUACUGCACCAAUAUUCCGAUCGACUGGACUGAAGCAGACUUGCGCCGUCAUUUCGAGCCCUACCACGUGGUCUCGGAGAAGAUUAGCCGUGAUGAGAAGACAGGUGUGAGCAAGGAAGUGGGAUUUGCCCGCUUCGAAACUCGUGAAAUCGCCGAAUUAGUCUUAAGCGAGUUCCACAAUGCCCCUUCGGCUGGCGACGUGAAGUUGCUAUUGCGUUUCGCGGAUACCAAAGCUCAAAAGGUACUGAAGCAACAAAGUAACGAGCGUCGUGCAUACCGUGCAGGCGAAUACAAUUAUUCCGUCGAAGUAGUGCAAGCAUCUACAACACCAUCGCCUACAUUGCAACGUUUGCAGCAGCAUGCCAGGCACCUGACACCUAACUCUGCGGCCAGCUUUGGCUCCCCAGCCGGAACUGGCCCCGAGUGGACCCCAGCGACCUCACUCUCUCCAUACGUGCAAAAGCAUGCUCCUGGAAACGUACGACAGAACUCGUUGUCGUCUCGCAGCCUCAAUGCCCUUGAGAAUGCGACUCCCCAACGCCGACCCAUCUUAGGCCGACGUUCUUUGACUGACAUUUCUGGUGUCUCCUCUAAGACCGCCAGGGCCCCGUCUGUAGGCGAUGAACCCCGUUCAUACAUGUCCAGUCCUCUAAAGGAAAACAUCAAAGCUGGGUCCAUGUCCCCAGUCCCAUCGCGCAUGGAAUUCUGCAUUCCUUCGCCCCGUUCCUGCACUUAA